AAAAUCAAAACGGUAUCUCUCUUCUUCUUCUUCUUCUUCUUUCUCUCUCUUUUCAACGACCAAACCCUAAUCAACACUUCUUUUAUUCCUCCUUAAUUCUAUUGGCGAUGAUUUAGUUUGAGGUUUCUCUUCCGAUCCGAUCCACCUCUGAUUGAAUGAAUUUUAACAAAAUACUUCGGAUGGAUGAUGAUAGUUGAGAUGGAUAAAGUGUCUGCUCCAUCAUCCAGGAAACGUGCACAGCGUCUUUAUGAUAAGAACAUAGAGUUGGAAAAUAAUCGUAGGAGAUCAGCUCAGGCACGAGUGCCUUUAGAUCCCAAUGCCUGGCAGCAGAUGCGUGAGAAUUACGAGGCUAUAAUUCUUGAGGAUCAUGCUUUUUCUGAGCAGAAAAAUAUUGAAUAUGCUUUGUGGCAGUUACAUUACAAGCGGAUUGAGGAACUACUAGCACAUUAUAGUGCUGCGCUAGCUUCUGCAGGAUCAAACACGUCUCAGGGUGUGAAAGUUCCUCCACGACCUGACCGACUUACAAAGAUAAGAUUGCAGUUUAAGACUUUCCUUUCAGAGGCAACAGGAUUUUAUCAUGAUCUAAUUUUGAAAAUAAGAGCAAAAUAUGGACUUCCAUUUGGCUACUUUUCUGAUGAUUCAGAAAGCCAAAUUGUUAUGGAUAAAGAUGGAAAGAAAUCUACUGACAUGAGAAAAGGUUUGGUGUCUUGUCACCGUUGUUUGAUAUACUUGGGAGACCUAGCACGGUACAAAGGAUUAUAUAGAGAUGGAGACUCUAAAUCACGCGAGUAUGCAGCAGCUUCAAGUUACUACUUGCAAGCUGCAUCAAUUUUGCCAUCAAGCGGGAAUCCACAUCAUCAGCUAGCUAUAUUGGCUUCAUAUUCUGGAGAUGAGCUGGUGGUUGUUUAUCGAUACUUCCGGAGUUUGGCACUGGAUAAUCCCUUUUCAACUGCAAGAGAUAACUUGAUUGUGGCCUUUGAGAAGAACCAUCAUAAUUACUCGCAACUUCCUGGUGAUGUUAAAGCUCCCUUGGUCAAGGAGCCUGCUGUACGGUUAUCAGGAAAAGGUAGAGAGAAAGUGGAAGCAAAACUUUCAUCCAAAGAUAACAACAUGGAAACGAGCCCCAGGGAGAAAGUAUCUGGUCUCCAGGAUACUUUUAAGUCCUUCUGCAUUCGAUUUGUCUGUCUAAUUGGCAUUCUUUUUACACGCACAAGCCUGGAGACUUUUGCCGAUGUUCUCUCUCUGGUUAGUAGUGAUUUAUGUGAGCUUCUCUCUUCUGGGCCAGAAGAGGAACUUAAGUUUGGUGCAGAUGCCGCUCAGAAUGCAAUUUUCCUUGUUAGGCUUGUUUCCAUUCUCAUAUUUACAGUUCACAAUCUGAAAAGGGAGAGUGAUGGUCAAACAUAUACUGAAAUUGUGCCGCGUGCUGCCCUACUUCAAAAUGCAUUCACUGCCAUUUUUGAGUUGAUGCGACAUGUAGUACAGAGAUGUUCACAGCUCCAGGAUGUUUCAUCAAGCUACACCUUACCUGCUAGUCUUGUUUUUUUAGAGUGGCUUGCUUGCUGCCCAGAUGUUUCAGUAGCUGGCAGUGAUGUGGAUGAGAAACAAUCUAUUACUAGAUCACUAUUCUGGAAACAAUGCCUAUCAUUUCUGAAUAAGAUCUUGUCGAUUGCACCAAUGGGCAUUGAUGAUGGUGAAGAUGAGACCUGCUUUUUCAAUAUGAGCAGGUACAUCGAAGGCGAGACAGAAAACCGUCUUGCAUUGUGGGAAGACUUUGAGUUGCGAGGGUUCUUGCCACUUGUUCCAGCACACGCUAUUUUGGACUUCUCAAGAAAAUGUUCCUUUUUAAGCGACGGGGACAAGGAAAAGAAAGCACGUCUCAAGAGAGUAUUAGCAGCUGGGAAGACUCUAGUUAAUGUCAUUAGAGUUUAUCAGAAAAAUGUUUGUUUUGAUUCAAAAAGCAAGAAAUUUCUUAUUGGUGUUGAGACUUCUGAAGAUGUCACAUUCAGCUCUUCUACAAAACUGGCAACAAUUGGUGUGGGGCAUGAAACCUCUUCUGAAAGGAUGAUUAAUGUUGCAAAUAUGAAGUCAAUCCCACAACCUAGAAUGGUUGAGGAAGAGGACGAUGAUGAUGAAGUGAUUGUUUUCCAGCCAGCUGUGAGCGAGAAGAGAAACAAACUGAUUGGUCCUAACCGGCCACCCUCUGACGCUUUGAAGCUUGUUCAAAGUAGCUCUGCUGAUGAUGCCAAAUUUUAUGGCAGUGCCAUGUCUGCUCCUCUUGCUAAUCUUCAUCAGCAUAAUACAUUUGAGGCUAGUUCUCCACUGUCUGUAUCCGUUGGUAGUAUCACCCCUCGGAUUCCACAGGCUGUUCAGUUGCAAUCAUCUAGGUGGUCAGUGGAAGAAGCUACUUCUUUGGUUAAUAGCUUGAAAGGUUUGACAAUGUUGGAGAAUGGCCAUUUAACAAAACAUGAGAUGCAAGAUAAUGCAGUCCUUUCUAAUCCCGCUGCAUAUUCAGUUGGUAUCCAAAAAUUACCAGUCGGUACUGGUGCUGGCGGUAUGUACUACAGUCAAAUGAAAGUGCUAGAUACUGUGUUGUCAUCUAGAAUUGAUGCUGUUGUGUCAUCUGGAGUUACUGCUGAUGCUUUGGCUUCUAAGACUUCCUCUGCUUUGCAAGUUGGAAUGCGGAAGAAUCCAGUUAGCCGCCCAGUUAGGCAUCUUGGUCCUCCACCUGGUUUUAGCCAUGUUCCUUCAAAACUACCGAGUGAAUCUGUUUCUGCUUUACAAUUGGAGAACCCCCUGAUGGAUGAUUAUAGUUGGUUGGAUGGAUAUCAGUUAACAUCAUCACUGAAAAACUCUGGGCUUGAUAAUUCCCUCAAUCAUGCGGCUCAUGCAGAACCCCAGUAUGUCAAUCACAGCAGCAAUGGCAUGAAUGGAACAGCAAAUUUUCCUAUCCCUGGCAAACAGGGUCCAGCAGUGCAGUUUCAAAUGGAAAAGCAAAAAGGUUGGCAGGAUUACCAUAUGCUUGAGCAUCUGAAAAAUCGAGAACUGAAGUUGCAGCAACAGCAACUCAUGAAUGGAAACCAGCAGUUUACUGCACAGCCCGAAUAGUAUCAAGGACAGUCAGUCUGGACAGGUCGUUACUUUGUGUGAGAUCAAACUGGUUCUUGAGUUGAGAAUGAUUCCCGUUGUAUUGCAUCUGUUUGCUGCCAAAUUCAUCUCCAUCUUUGAAACAUUUUCGGUAUUGAGUUUUUGUUGGAGCAUGGCUGGCCUUGGUUUCUAGUGGGUAUUUGAUGCUAAGCAAAUUUCAAGGAAGAUUGAGGAAACCAUGUGAAACUCGCGAGUAAAAAUGCCUUGAUUGGAUACCUGGGACGGAGAUAAGAUGUGUUAAUAUCGGUUUUGAGGCUAUUUCUUGAGGAAUUGGUGGAGGAAAAAAAACUUGGUUUACUAUCCUAUUAACUACCCAAUGCUCUCUGCCUAUAUUGCUGUUAAAAGUCAGCAGCCGGCAGUUUGCUCAACCCAGUUACUUUGAAGAUGAGCUUCAGAGGUGUUGCCGAGUGGUGUCUACCGCAAUUAUGUUGUGCAUACAAUCGUUGGUCAUUUGGAUUUGGGUUGGGGUUAUUGGUGGUGCUCUUGAGUUGCAGAAUCUGUGAUUUGUGUUCAUGUUUGAUAAAUACGUAUUAUACAUAUUUAAGGAUCGAAGACACUUGUUUGGGUUCAUCAUAUUCACUGAGUGAUGGUGUAACACAAACUAUUUUAUUUUGCCCCUUUAGGGUAUCACUCUCUACUUCCAAUGUAAUCAAUAAAUCUAUGGACAAUUUGUUGCUGCUCAUUUCAGGGACUUUUUUUGUAUAAUUUUUUCAACUUCAGCUUCCCGAGAAAUGCAACGACAGUUUUUUCA